AUGCCGCGAGAGCUGCUCGCCCCUUACCCACGGGCUGCCGGUUCCAGCGUGGUCGACGACGCGGGCGCCGCUGAGGCUCUGGGGGACAGGCUACUGGGGUUUCCACUUCCACCGCCACGGAUUCGCUCCCGGCCGUGGUGGUUUCCUGUGCAGUAUCUGAGGAACCCGCUGGUGUUUUCUUUGGAGGCGUGGCUGGCCGACUCGAUCUUCUGCGCAAAACGAGCCGUGGUUCCGGAAAUGGAGUGGAUGAGCCAGGCCCUGCUGACGGUGGACGCAGUUCACGCCGGGAAGUUGGUGGAAAUCACGGUCUUCGGGCGGCCGGCUGUCCAGCACGGGGUGAAGAGCGUGCUCCUGAGCCUGGCGUCGAGUCACCGGGAGCAGCGCACCCGAGCUGAGAAGAUGGAACAACUCGAGGAGUUCUUGAAGGCCCAGGUACCAGGUCCCCAGGUCCCCCAGCGUCCUGUUGCAUAAGUGUUGUCAGGAGCAUGAGAACAGUUCUCCUUCUGCUACUAGAGUUCAAGAGAAGCAAAUAUCCUUAAAUGUAUGCAUUUAUUUUUUUCCUGUAUCUUGAUGGAUAGUGGUUUGAUUAUUUUGCUGCUGUUAUUUUGCUGAUUAAUUUACCUUCCUAUGAGUAAUGGUUAUUGCUCAUAGGAAUGUAAAUUCGUGCAACUAUGAAGGAGAAUUUAGCAUUAUCAUCCAAAAUCAUAACUGUUCAUCCCUUUGAUCCAGAAAAUUCUUUUAUUUGUUUAUUUG